UGUGGCCACUGCGGCCAAACCAGAAACCUUCGGCGGUGCAGUGGCUGUCAGGUCAUGUUCUACUGCAGCAAGGACCACCAAAAGGCCCAUCGUUCCGCCCACAAAUCCGCCUGCCAUGCCGUUGCUCGGGCCCGUGGAUUCCAUCAGCGCGUCGCUGUCCCCAUCACCCGCGCCUGCGGAGGCACUGUCACCCUCACUAGGAUUCCCCAGGAUGUUCGAGACAAUCGAGAAGUGUUUCAGGGGUGGAUGCACGACUAUCUGUUCUCGAAAUACUUCCUCACGGAGGUGAUGGACAAGAUCAACACCCGGCAGGCCGUUCAGGAGCGGCUGGACCUUCUCCUGUCCCUCGUGCACGUCUUUCGCGCGGACGAGGUCGGCACCCGGUGGAAGAUCCCAGCCCUCCUGAUUCGCCUCCAGCGGGACCAAGAAUCCUACGACUUCAUGAAGUGGUUUUGCUUGGCAAAAAAGAGAACCCCGAUCGACGAAAUGAACCCGGCCUUGCCGUUCCUGGAUAUGAAGAACGCGGAUGCCUUUGAAGACGUCAUUCAAUUCACCAGCGAGUGGAAAGCGAGUCGGUUGGUGGAAAGGAUUCACACCAUGUUGGCGUUGACGCUCCUGAAGGUACGGCUGGUGUUGGAUCUCCGGAUGCUUGAAACUGUCGGCACCGCGAUCGGUGAGACCAUUCUACCCGAGAUCCAUAUCCACAUCCAGGCAUAUGUGGUGGAGUCGUCCGUGAUCUCCAAGGACCGCGCUCUCCUUGCGCGUUGGGAUCACGGCGUAAUCAUUGCCGAGCUAGAGAAACAGAUCCGAGUUUUGAUGGAGGAGGUCCAACGAUUCAACGAACACAUCUGGUCAACUUUGGUGGACGGCCCCUUUCCGCUAGCUAUUGUCUAUACGUCAGGAAGUCCGGAAGAGGCAGUCAGUAUCAUGACGCAGUGCCAUGCGGCUUGGAGUGAGUCUCCGGGGGCGAUUCCGUUUAUCCGGGAACGCUCGGCUGGA